CUUCAUCCUGCAUGUGUUGUAGUCCUCCAACCUGCACAUGUACAAGUCCUCCGCCAUCCUUGCCUCCACCUCUCUGUUCUAUCACUGAAAGUGGCUCAUCGCUGAUAGUCCCAACAAGCACCCUGUCUUUAGAUCGUUCAAUAGAAGAGUCGUUCGUCUUUGAGACAGUGAUAUUAACGACUGAAGUCAUUUUGUAUCCCACUCCUGCCAUCUCCGAAAUAGCGCCCAGCUCUGACGUCACAUCCGUAAUUAGUCAACGCUCAAGUGAUCUUUUCUUUACAGAUUACCCUAUCUUAAGCACAAUUUCACAGCCAGAAACAACCAUUGCUCCGUCACCGGCUGAUUCACGUAAUAGUAAUACUCAAAGUGCUCUUUCCAGUCAAACAGAGUCCCUUGAAACUCUCAUUUAUACAUUCUAUUUCGUUGAAACAUCGGAUAUCUUAUACCCUAGUUCUGACAUCUUGCCCACGACCUUAAGGCCUGUAUUCACCUAUACCACUAUGACUCCAGAAUUCACCGCCCUGAGUACACUAUUAGAUCAAUCUCUUCUGCCAGAGACUAUUUUUUCUAGUGUUUACGAAACGCAAAUGUCAGAUAUUUUCACCAGCUUGGCACCAACAAUGGAGACAACAAAGUCUUUUCCACUUUCAGAGUUCUCUAGAUCCACAGUAGUUCCAGAUGCCACUCAAGUGAUGUCAACAAUCACUGACAUAUCAUGGACUGAUGUCUAUGAGAUCAUCUCCACAGAAGUGUUUGAGUAUAUAACUACAGAUGUAUAUGACAGUCGCACGCUUGGUACUGGUACCGAUGAAUAUCAAGUCAGUACACUAUUUCCGACAUUAAGCCAACCGGGUCUUCAAACAGAGUCAACGCUGGUAUUGUCGAUGAGUGAAGAGAUGCCACUUUUGUCCUCCGUUGUCAUGGAAACGACAGUUCUUCCAAUAGACACCAUCGUCGUAAGCUAUGAGAUGUCAUCAGUUUUGUUCACAUUGGUAGAGACGUCUUCAGUAAUGCCUAUUACUCCCAGCAUGCCCAGUGUCUAUCCUGUAACGUCAGAUAGACAGGUCGUCACUGAUUCGACGGCGAUGUUCACCAGUGAGACCGGAACCACUUCUUUGGUAUCGCUUGCUCCAUCGUUCCUAUACAGCACCGUUAUGGAUUUAAGCACCAUUCUAGUUUCUGAUACUAUCACUGAUGCAUCCUCCAUUACUGAUUCGACGGUGAUGUUCAGUAGUGAGAUUGGUACUGCUUCUUUGGAACCACUCAUACCAUCGCCCCUAUACAGCACCGUUAUAGAUGUAAGCACUAUUCUAGUUAGUGAUCCAAUCACUGAUGCAUCCUCCAUUACUGAUUCGACGGCGAUGUUCAGUAGCGAGAUUGGAACCACUUCUUUGGAAUCGCUUACGCCAUCGUUCAUACACAGUACCGUUAUGGAUUUAAGCACCAUUCUAGUUACUGAUACUAUCACUAAUGCGACCUCCAUUAUUGAUUCGACGGUUAUGUUCAGUAGCGAGAUUGGAACCACUUCUUUGGUAACACUUGCACCAUCGUUCCUAUACAGCACCGUUAUGGAUUUAAGCACCAUUCUAGUUACUGAUACUAUCACCGAUGCAUCCUCCAUUUCUGAAUCGAUGGUGAUGUUCAGUAGUGAGAGUGGAACCCCUUUGGAAUCCGUUAGACCGUCGCUCCUAUACAGCACCGUUAUAGAUCUAAGCACCAUUCUAGUAAGUGAUAUCAUCACUGAUGUAUCCUGGAUUUCGCCCUCUUCUUCAGAAUAUUACCCUUCUCCAUCAACUCCCUCAUUCGCAUCAAGCAUUUUGCCGAGUUUGCCAUUCUUUACACCAAUACUGCCUUCAUUUACUCCAUACCUUGAUACAUCAUCCAUUCUCAUUUAUACCACAGUAGACUUGGAAAGCUCGUUUCCCAGUAGAAGCUCUGAGGAUUUUUCUACUUUGAUGCCAGAACACUCUGAAAUAUCUUAUUCUGUCAGUCAUCUGUCGUCACGCUACAUGCCAUCUGAUUAUCUGACAGAAACUUUACUAAUAUCUCAAAUAGUUUCUGUAGACAUCAGUGACACAUUCCCGGUGCUAAUAUCAAGUACAGGGGACUACCUCACUCCAGUCGUGUCGGGCAGUGAUACAAUUGAACCAUCAUCUCUUACUGGAAUAUUUGAAACAAUAUCAACCCAAGUCGUAGAGUCCAGCGCUUCAGAAAGACUCCUCACAUCAACAGAGUCUCUUCAAAUAACAAGCCUGGACACAUUUAUACAUACAACCGUGCAGGACACGGUUAUAACUGAAUCCUUGGUCACACUUCCAACAACUAUACUUGAGUAUUCGUCGAGUGCCUCGUCGGUCUCAUCAAUCGUCCAGACUCCAUCAAGUCGAAUGCCCGAAGUGUCUACAACAGAGGUCUAUGAAACUGUUUCGUCCGCAACAACCGACUUCAUUGUACCACCGUUUAGUACAAUGGCUAUUGUGACAUCAUCUAUUGACAUACUGCCAAGUCCGUCAACUGCUGUAGGUGCCACGUCAAUGAGGACAGCUGUUGAAACAUCGAUUGAUAGUUCUCUCUUCCUAGAAACGUUGUCCACUAUCACACCAACAAGUGAAGUAUACGAAACCAGAACAAUGUCUCCAGGUAGCCCAAUCACAUCGAGCAUUGAUACUAAUGCUACUUCCGCAUUGACAGGGAGCUACAGCUCUAUGUUUAUACCGCCCUUUAUAACAGUAACCCCUGUGCAGACAACCGAUUAUAUAAUAUCAACCAUGAUUGGCCCAACCGCUUCUGCAUCAGAAACAUAUAUUCCGACAGUUCCACCAAGUUCUUACGCAGCGAUAGAGUCAUCAGUUGUAAUAAGCCACGUGGUAACAGAUACAGUCAGCUUAGGUUCUCGGGUAGUGUCCUUUGACGCUUCUACAUCAACCCUCCUUAUCCCGAGUCCAAGUGAUUCUUUGAGGAUCGAAUCAAGCGGAUUAUUACCAACACUGUCGGGGACACCACCAUUGACUUUUUUGCCGCCAUUUACCGCAACCAGUCUUUUCCAGUCUGAAGAAUCUCCAUCUACAUUGUUCUCAGAAAUGAUGCCUACGCUCAUCGGAUCCAUUUCCUUAAGUGAAGCGUUUGUCUCAUCCAGCGUGGCACCUCAAGUAACCACUUCGAUGAUCAUGUCGACAAGUUCUCAGAUGGUCACACCAAGUUUCCCACCUACAAAUCCUCCUAUGACCACAGCUACUGAAUCACCUGUUGAUGUACCUCUAGAGUUCCAACUGACGAUGGAUAUCAAGGUUCCUACAUCUGAAGACAUUACGGCUGACGACUUCUCUGAGGCACUCUCCAACAGCCUUGAAGUCCUGUACAUAGAAGGGGAAAGUAAUAUCCUUGAACGGCGGAGACGGAGUAACAGUGAAGCAGACACGCCGUCUGGAGACUCUUCGGAUCGGGAAUGGCUAUUCACCAGAAAGCAACAAACUGAAGGACAUCCUAGGAUCGGACAACGCCUCGAACUCCAAGAGCAGUAUGCACUGAAGGAGGAUUCUCGAUUUGAAGGAUUGGCAAAAGAGUCUUCCGCUGAAAUAGAAUGGAUGUUCGUCUCGAAACAGAUAGGCAAAUCAAGUCCCAGGAUACAAGUCAGAACGGAAAAUAAAGUUCGAAGAAAAAGGCAAGCUGACCCGUCUGAUGAUAUUGAAGUACCGAUAAUGGCGCUGUCCCGGCCUGAUGAUUUGGACCCGGAGACAGUUACCUUGACCUUUUACGUCUUGGAGAAUGAAACCUUGGUCAUGGCGACCGAUGCUGCAGCCACCUACAGCACCCUGACUGAAGGAGAGAUGAGUGCUCAGCUAGGUUACGCUGUGAGAAGCAUACCACACCCAGUGAUACCUACCCCGACCACAACCCCAGACUAUCCCUACACCAUACCCCCCGCAGACCAGACCGACUGGCUCAAAGUGACCCUGAUAGUCGAUACUGCCUUUGACGAAACCAAUGCAACAUUCCAGAAGCAACUGCGGAACGAUCUCGAGUUCCUCUACGUUAAUGGGAGUUCUGAGUUAGAGAGCAACUUGGCGAGGAACAGGCGGGGUGUAGGGAUGGGGUAUCCGGGUGAUGAUGUCAUUCUGGAGGAUGAUUUGAUUCGGCGGAGGAGAGCUGCAGAUCCAAGCUCCGCGACUGAAGUGGCUCUGGAAGCAGUUGACCGUCCUCAGGCGGAUGCGGAGAAUGUUGAUGUAGUCUUCUAUGUCGUUGAUGAAGGCAGUGUGGUUCCUGGAGCUACAGCUUUGAUUCCGUAUCAGCAGUUCAGCCUGCAGGAGCUACAGGAUGUCAUAGGAUAUGUGGUCGUAUCUCCGGGAGUGACCCUCUUCUUGACAGCCACACCCACCGGUCUGGACUGGUGGUGGUACCUCCUUAUAGCCCUCAUCGCUCUCCUCCUCAUCAUCGUCAUCCUACUUUUCAUCUACUACUACUGCUGGUCCAAGAAGACAGCGAUCAAAACCCUGAAUAAAGUGGAUCGUUCCACAUCAGUGGAGCUGGGAUUCAUGCGACUUGAGAAGGAAACAAAGGCCAAGCCGGUUGUCAUGGAGACGGUAUUCAACGAGAAGACAUCUAAGAGAAGCAAAGUUAAUGGAAGUGCAUCUCGCGAGGCAGAUCGUGCAAGACUUACCGAAGAUCCAGCUCAAAAACGCAAGAAGAGAAAGAAAACCAAAAGGGCUCAGGAAACUGCGAGAGAGUAUUCCAAACGUGGUUAUUUCAGCGGUGAGGAUGAUCAGCUAUUCACUCAUGUCGACACUCAUGCUACAAAAUCUAAGACAAAGAAACCGACUAGCACCUCACGCUCACAGAACAACGCAGUGUACCCCGAGCCUGAGAGACUCCCGCCGCUCAUACAUCACUCCUUGGUUGCUUACUCCGAGACUGAGAGUGAAAUCAGUAAUGAGCAACUGAGGAUGAUGAGGAAAGCAGGAAUGCCCAAGUCUUGGUAUACAACACAUAUUGGCAAGGAUCCAGAAGAACUGAAGAAAGACAUCGCUAGAGAGAAGAAGAGACAGAAGAGGAAGAAAGAAAAGAAAAUUCAAGACCAGUUGACUGCCGAACAAAUGCAAAAGGAAUUUGAUGCAGUUCUUGGUGGUAUGGAUGAACAGGGGAUCAAGAAUCCAACCGCAAGACAGCUGCAAGUAACCAGGACAGACCGUUGGAAGCCACGGGACGGGAAAAGGAAAAGUGAAAUACCUGAAUCAACAGGCGUCAUUAACGAGUCCGCUGUUAGGCUGAUCAGAACCCGCCCUCUUGAGUCUGCUGCUCCACCAGCGCAAAAUCAUGAAGACAUCAAGAGAGAAAUCGAGGAGCUUCUUAAAAGAGGUCCUCCUAAACCCGUCCAAGGACCGCUCUCAAAGACCACAUCUGUAUCUCAGGAGGAAGCUAAAGAACUCGCUGAGAAGAAGGAAAGAGAGGUGAGACUUCGGAGGAAAUGGGCUGAGGAGAGGAAGAGAAUAAAUCGCAUCUUAGACGAUGCUUUUGCCCUUAGCUCAUCCAGCUUAGGCAACACAAGCGAACAAACAAAAGGAGACACACCAACUACAAGCAAUGGACAGUCUAGUUUGGGGGAAAGAGAGUUUGGUAAAGACUUAGAUGACUCGGGGUAUCUUCGGCAUCGUGGUCACUAUGGUUACGAUGCACUGGAUGAUAGCGUCUUGCCAGGGAUGAUUCAAGGAAGACUUGCCGUGCCACCUAGAAGCAUUCCUUUGUAUGAAACAAGCUUUGGGAUGGACCUUAGUGGUGAGCACCUCUACGACUCGAUACGACGACCGCCAAUCGAGUACGAGUUCCUCCCGUCGCAAAUGCGUUCUGAUGGUGCAGCCCCUGCGUAUGGGGUGAGCGUUUCUCCAAUUCGGACGCAGAGGGCGCGUGUCGUUCCGUAUCCUGUACGGGAUGUUCUACCAACGGACCCCUACAGAAGCCUGAACUCGUCUUUGAGCAGCAGCCUUCAACCGAUGCCGGUAACACCCCGGAAUCAUCGCACGAAUGGGACUAUCGGAAUGGGUCAUCAACACCAGGAUGAUGAUCAAGGACGAGACAUAACGCGUGUGCAAGAAGAGAAUCUGUCACUUCAAAGACUAGUUGCUAAGCAACAACGGGAGCUUGACCAUGCUCUAGCCCUGAUUGGACAGCCUAAUUCCAGGAUUGACCAACCACAGAAGAGUGAUAGCAAGGAAGGGAAGGUUGGAUCUAAUGGCCGGAAGCAACGAAAAGUUGUUCCAGUCAAUUCUGCAAAGCCACUCAAUGGACCUAGUACAGUGUCAGCAUGGACGGAUGACCAUAAAGCUGUGGAGAGGAAAUCCCAUCCACUGACAUCAACCCCCAACAAAGACAACUUGAUCAAGGUUAAACCAAGGCCUUCACAGAGGGAGAAAAGCGUCAUCUUGGAACACCACAUAGAGAAGCCAGGUAAAGGCUCCGCGAACAGUAAAGUAUAGUCACUCUACAUGCAUUAUCCAAUAGCCAGCCGGUUGGUGAAAAGAGAGGAGAGAAACUUCGGGCAUUAUAACAAGACAUAUUAGAUAUGGAUAUAGAUACUGAAAUAGUGCGCAAACAUGUUUUUUUAAUUUUGUUUAUGAAGAGGCUUAUAUCAAUUUUGGUAUUAAAUAAAGGGUUAAGUAAAAGAUGACAUACAAUUAUUUUCUCCUAGUAGGAUUAGAAUUGAAACCCUAUAGUCUAAUGCGAUGACGUAACUUACUUGAAUGGCAUAUGUCAAAUAGCCAUUUAUAUUUUUAGGUAAAUGUAGUCAUAGGAUUUUAAAAAUACAUGUAUUUGUUGCAAACUUCUAAAGGUCAAUUGGAUAAUAUGAAAAGUAGG